AUCUAGGGUUUUAUUCUUCUGUCCCGACCAAAAUAGUUCUCUGCUGCGCUUCUUCCUGUAUACACACCCUCUCUGUUGGGUAGUUUUGCAAACAGAGGAAAAUGACGACGGUGGUCCCCACUUCCGAGGAAGAUCCAGUGAUUUCCGUCGUCCGUUUUACGGCGGAGAUGUCAUGGGCCGACGCCGGCGCCGAGAUUGCAGAGCCUCAAGUCAAUAGAUUGUGUGUCGAGGCCCAGGAAUGCAUGGUUGAAGGAAGGUGGUUGGAUUUGGCUUCGCUAAUGCUCACUUCUGCAGAUUUAAUAUUUUCUAAAGCUUCUGAAAAAGAUCUUGAAUGCAUUUUCACUAUCAUUUGCAACCUUGUGAAGAAGCCUGAGAGCUUGGACCAAGUACAUGAGAUGGCAGAGCUCAUAUCCACUAAAAUCAUUCAACAACCCAAUGAUAAACCCGCAUUGCGCUUGAAAAUCUUGUUCAAUCUCUAUAAUCUGUUGGAGAAUCCAUACAGCCGUUUCUUCGUUUACUUGAAGUCCCUCAAUUUGGCCAGUCAUGGAAAGGUUACUGAACAUAUUUUGCCAUCGAUCAAAAAGAUGGACAAAUUUUUUAAGGAAUGGAAUCUUGGAGUCAAAGAUCAGAGAGAGCUCUUUCUUGCUAUCUCCAACAUUUUAAAGGACAAUAAGGGCUCUGCAAAAGAUUCUUUCAUGUUUCUAACAAAGUAUCUGGAAACCUUUUCGUCUGAAGAUGCUUCUAAUAUGAACGAGGCUAAGGAAGAAGCUGCCCGUGCAAUUAUCGAUUUUGUCAGAUCACCUGAUAUGUUUAAGUGUGACUUGCUAGAUAUGCCUGCUAUAGCCCAGUUGGAGAAAGAUGCUAAGUAUGCUCCAGUAUAUCAACUUCUGAAGAUCUUUCUCACUCAGAGGCUGGAUGCUUUCUUGGAUUUCGAGGCAGCAAAUUCAGAAUUACUAAAAAGCUAUGGUAAUGUAUUUACCUGUACAGGCCAAGCCUUCCAUUUGGGACAUGUCCUGAAACUUUUGGUUAAUGCUAUAGGACUUGUCCAUGAUGACUGUAUAUCAAAGAUGAGGUUGAUGUCUUUGGUAGAUCUUGGCUUGAAUGAGUCUAGUCAAAUUCCUUAUUCAGUCAUCAGGGAGGCAUUGCAGAUUGAUGACUCUGAGGUAGAAUCUUGGGUUGUUAAGGCAAUUACAGCUAAGUUACUUGAUUGCAAGAUUGAUCAAAUGAAUCAAGUAGUAAUAGUGAGCCGAUGUACGGAGCGUGUGUUUGGGGUGCAUCAGUGGCAAGAGCUCCGAACAAAACUAAUGACUUGGAGGGGCAACAUUGCGGGUGUUAUCAGCACAGUUCAAGCCAACAAGAUUACAGAAGAUAACACACAGGCCAUGCAAGGAUUAGCAAUUCGCUGAAUUUGUUUCUUUGUGGCAGUCUCUUGUUGAUUUUAGGGAUUGGAUUUAAUUGAGCCCACAUCGGAGAAAUUGCUCACAUCUCUAUCAACUUGAAAAUUUUGGUAGCUAUCUUUAUUCAUCUAGCCAAAAAUAUGCUAUUUGUUUUAACUUAAAGUGGCAAUUUUUCUUAUCCGUCAAUGUUUUGGGCUGUAUUUCUCCUAUAAUACUAUAUGAUGACGGUUUUCACUUUGUACUACUAAAGAUAUUCCAGCAUUUAAGAUUUGUUUCGGUCAGGAAAAUAAACAAUCAAGUCCAAAGGGUUCAAAUUGUGUUAAUGGUAAUUACCAAUAUGGUUGAUGCAUGAAUAAGUAAUAAUUUUGGAACUUAAAAAAGAAGUACCUAUUAGUAUUUCGGAAUUGGCAUAAAUUUAACCUGUCAGAAUGAGUCCUUGAUAAAUUUCACCAUUCUCUUAUCUCAUGGUUUUUGGGGUCUUAAAAUACUAUAGGACCACUAGCAUGGUAUCGUUUGGUAUCCCAGAUAGGGUUGUAUAUCUUCCCAUUGAUCAGGUAGUUGUGUUGGCUUGUAUCAACUCCCUCAUUUCAAACGUUACUCUCCUUUUGUGAAGUCAUAAAGUGCUUAGUUACACAAAUAAUGAUGCAAGUUUGACUGAAUGAUGUAAAAAUGUAUCCAAAGAUGUAUAAUCAGUCGUUUGGCUAUGGGAUUUUGGGGGCGAUUUUAAAUUUUGGUUUAAAGUAAUGUCUGUUUCUGAAUCUGUUAAAAAAAAAGAUAAUUCAAUUUAAUUUUAAAUCAUGAUUUCAAAUUUCAGUUCUCCAAAAAGUAGAAUUUGGUAUUUCAAAUUGUGAUUUCAAUUCUUUUCAGAAUGUGAAACUGGAUUCAUCUGUUUAUAUUUUAUGAAAAAGGACCCAUAAUUUUAGGGUUUGCAUAAAAGGAUUUAAUCAAAGAAUAGCACUUUUAUUGUUGAUUUACCGGACGAGUAAAUUUAUGUAAAACUAUGUGUUUUGAAAUUUGUAAUAACAUGUUGUCGCAAAUUUUUAUUUAUAAAAAGGAAUAUAGAGAUGCCUUGGGAUAUUUUGAUAUCUUGUUUAUGAACUAGGAUUUGCUCAUUUGAUAAGAUCCUAUAAGAAUUGAAAAAGUUCCUGAGGGAUUCUCAUGGUUAAAAUUACAGUACAAUCUCAAAAAUUCAAAUUGCACAGGCAAACAAAAUUUCAACUUGAAUCAACCUUACCUCAGUUCAUGUCCGAACGGACCAAAAACUAUGCUAAGAUGUUAAACAAGUACACUCUUGUCAGGGUACCUACAGAGGAAAUCAUAAAUAUGUUUUGUAGAUAUUUAGAAUUAGAGGGCUCCACAUAGGUGGUUGAGGAUGAGCAGACAUGGCUAGUGGAUGGUGAGGUUUUCACAAUUGAAGUAGGACAUAGGAGAUAGUACAAAGCAAGUGGUAUCCCUUCGUUUCAUAUCCCAACUGGACCAAAUUAAUAAUGUAGUAGCUUGCAAGUUGCAUCUCUUAAGUACCAACAACAAAGAAAGAGAGAGAAAUGUCAGAUUAUGAAUUCUUGAAAAAACAAAUCAAACAAGCUGGAAUAAUACAUUUGGAGAGAUGGGAAGUGCAGUGCAGUACAAGAUGUUCCUUGUUAUUCUGCUGCUUACAAUCGUUAUGUUGGAAAUCACAAACGUACAAAAAGUUGUUUGUGUGGAUGCUAGCCAAGAAUGUAAUGGCACCAACAGCAGCAUAGGUGGCUGCCUGGCAGAUGCCGAUGAAUUCAUGAUGGAAUCAGAAACAAACGCUAUGCUUCUUGCUAAUGUCAAAAGGAUAAGCAAUCGAGCCCUUCAGAAACCACAGUUAUGUCGCGCAGCUAUUUAUGGUAAUUGCAUCAGUAACCCGAAAAAUCCACCUAAGCGACCCUGCAACUUCGAAAAUCGCUGCAAACGAGGUAACCCAAGACCUUAAUAACCCAGGCCAUGGCAUAUAUUAUAUACUAUGAAUUAUGAUGCUGAUGGUGCAAAAGUCUCCAUGGAAUCACAGUUGGAUGUUAGCAUGUUUGUUUUACUUUCAACUCUUUCAACUCUCCAAGCAAUAGUAUCAAGGAUUGUUUUACUAUAUAGUCUAUUAAUAUUCGCUUUCAAUGAAGCAACUACAUGUUAUACAGUUUGCACUAUGUUAUUUAUUGUGUCAAUGUCAUUUGUUCUAACA